GUCGCGCAAGCGCAGCAAGCAGAAAACCUUCGGCAAGGAAGCGUGCACAUCGUAAAAAAGACAGGCAUUCCAGGCUGGCGAGUUCUCCGCUCUCCGUUCCUGCCCUGUUUAUGGAGACCGCGCCAAAGUUCCAUUGAAAACCACCUCGCCCGUCCGGCCGCUUUGAUGCCUCCCUCCCCACAGGUAGACGUGCAGGAGAACGGCUACGGCGACGGGUUCGGGUGGAAGUUUCUGAUCGACGCCACCCUAACCGCGACCAGAAUCCGAGGCAACCCUCUGAAAGAGCGGCACUAGGCGAACGAGGCUCGAUUCUUCUCCCAGACCUCCGAGACCCUGGGGACGCAGCAGGGCCCGCCGGUGCCUCGCAUCUCGCGGGUGUUCG